CCUCAAGCGAGCACAUGCCAAUGGAAGUCAACAGUGAGGGCCGGAAAAAGUUUCCUUUAAUUACGUAUCCUAGUGCAUUCACGAUGGUCCUCCCCUUUUAGAAGCGCGGCUGCAGGUACCUUGGCGGCAAAGGCACUGCGUCAACAGCAUGCCCGGUAUUUGAGGGGCAUCUCAGGCGGCCAGUAAGCCGGGUGCUGUCUACGCAAUCAGCGAUUCUUGCCAUGUCUGCUGGAAGUCUGGGCGAUGUUCCCGAGGAGGGCCUGGGCUCGGCCUUCAGUGGUGCGGCCGCCGUCGGAGGGGAUGGGGUGGCUGCUGAUGCGGGAGACGCUGAAGAUUUCGAUCUGUACGGGGACAUUGACAUGGACCUGGUGUCGUCGCGGCCCAUCCUCGCCCCCAGCCGAGCUGCCGCCAGCAGUGCCCUGCCCACCACCAGUGGGCGCCAGCCGGCGGCGCGCCCCGCCCCUCCCCCGGCAGCUCCCAGCCAGCAGGUGAAGGGCAGUGGCCCCAGCACAACACAAGCAGGCCCCACCGCCACACCACCCCCAGCAGCUACCACGGCUGCUUCUCCGGCGGAUGCGGGCUUGCCCACCAGUGCGCCAAUGCGCAGGGCCGAAAGCGGAGCAGCCCCCCCCGCGUCAGCGCAGGUCACCGCAACCAAAAGCACCACCAGCUCGACCGCCCCUAAAGCACCCGCCGCCGCGGCGCCAACUCCCUUGACGAGCGCCGCGCUUGCAAGUGAGUACAUGGCGCGGCAUGGACUGGGCCCGGGAGGGGCGCCCACUGCGCAAGCACACCUGCACAGGGCGGCCCCGCAGGGCGGGAAGGAGCCGACGCAGGUGUAUGUUGGGGAGCUCAACUGGUGGACAAGUGACGAGGAAAUUGAGCGCGCCCUGGCAGAGUACGGGCGGGUGAAGGAACUGCGGCUGUUUGAGGAAAAGGCCAAUGGCAAGUUCAAGGGCUACUGCCAGGCUGAGUUCUUCGACGCGGAUGCUGCAAAAGCGUGCAAGGAGAAGAUGAACGGGCGCGUAUUUACGGGCAGACCCUGCGUUGUUACUUACGCGUCAACGACGCGGCCUCGGAACCCUUCUGAGCCAGCGCAUGGAGCGAUGGGGAUGGAGCAGGACAUGCGAGGGGCAGGAGGGCGAGGGCGAGGAGAGGCGGGCAGGGGCCCCUCUGGCCGAGGCGGGUUUGCAGAGGCUGCCGCGGGGAGCUUCCGGGCACCCGGCCUUGGAAGGGAUGACGGCCAUGGGCGGGGCGGCUAUCCAGGGGGGCGUGGCAUGGACUUUCCGCUCGGGGGUGCGCCAGGUUGGGACGCGGGAUAUGCGGGGGGCAGAGGCGUCCACGGCAGGGACGGGGGCGGGUGGGAAAGAGGGUCGUAUGCACAGUGGGGAGGGCCAGGGUAUGGAGCAGGGUGGGAGGCAGAAGGGCCUCCCAGGGGGCCUUACGCAGAGGGACAAGGUUGGUACGAAGCAGGUCCUGGAUGGGGCUGGGGAGGACCCAACCCAGAAAAACGGAAGAGGGAAGGAGACUGAAGAGAGACCAGAUGAAGCAAAUUCGGGCGGAAAGAUUGAUAGGGCGGAUCGAAGCUGGAACAUUCCGGCUUUAUUACACAAUAAGAAUUAUACAGUCCUGAUGAAUCGGAGUCCCAACUUAAGAGUCCGUUGAGGACUCGAGCAUGCCACCGUAGCUCGGCCAGCAUCUCGUGCAACAUAUUGGCGCGUGUAGCGCCUAUCUGCAUCAUAGACAUUUUAUUGAGAGCUAUGGGCACAGCUAGCUGUCGAGAUGCGCGGCACUCCAUUGCAGUGACUUAUGAAAACGGAC